GGUUCCCCCCCGGGCCGGAGCCGGGGCAGGUGGGGGCGCAGGCCCGGGGGAUGCUGGGCUCGGUGAAGAUGGAGGCCCAUGACCUGGCGGAGUGGAGCUACUACCCGGAGGCGGGCGAGGUUUACGCUCCAGUGACGCCGGUGCCUACCAUGGCCCCCCUCAACUCCUACAUGACCCUGAACCCUCUGAGCUCUCCCUACUCCCCCGGGGGUCUCCCUGCCUCCCCACUGCCCUCAGGACCCCUGGCACCCCCAGCCCCCACAGCGCCCCUGGGCCCCACCUUCCCAGGCCUGGGCGCCAGCGGUGGUGGAGGCAGCGGCUCAGGGUAUGGGGGCCCAGGCCCCGGGCUGGCGCAUGGGAAGGAGAUGCCCAAAGGGUACCGGCGGUCCCUGGCGCACGCCAAGCCCCCAUACUCCUACAUCUCGCUCAUCACCAUGGCCAUCCAGCAGGCGCCGGGCAAGAUGCUGACGCUGAGCGAGAUCUACCAGUGGAUCAUGGACCUCUUCCCCUACUACCGGGAGAACCAGCAGCGCUGGCAGAACUCCAUUCGCCACUCGCUGUCCUUCAACGACUGCUUUGUCAAGGUGGCGCGCUCCCCGGACAAGCCCGGCAAGGGCUCCUACUGGGCCCUGCACCCCAGCUCCGGGAACAUGUUUGAGAACGGCUGCUACCUGCGCCGCCAGAAGCGCUUCAAGCUGGAGGAGAAGGUGAAGAAAGGGGCCGGCGGGAGCUCCGCCACCAGGACCAGUGCGGGGUCUGCCGCCUCCACCGCCACCCCCGCGGCCACCGUCACCUCUCCGCCCCAGCCCCAGCCUCCGCCCCCCGAGCCCGAGGCCCAGGGUGGGGAAGACGUGGGGGCGCUAGACUGUGGCUCGCCCCCUUCCUCCACACCCUAUUUCGCUGGCCUGGAGCUCCCGGGGGAGCUGAAGCUCGAUGCCCCCUACAACUUCAACCACCCCUUUUCCAUCAACAACCUGAUGUCGGAACAGACACCAGCGCCUCCCAAACUGGACGUGGGGUUUGGGGGCUACGGGGCAGAGGGUGGGGAGCCUGGGGUCUACUACCAGGGCCUCUAUUCCCGCUCUCUGCUCAACGCGUCCUAGCAGGGGGGUGGGACCGUGGCGGGUGGGGCACGGCUGGAGUUGGCACCGUCAGGCUCUUGGGGCCUGCUUCUCCUGGUGACACUUUGCUUGUCCCCUCCAGUUAACGUCUUGGUUGGUCUAUUACUUAACUGCGGCGACUGCCGCUUGUGUGGGCAUCGUGUCGAUCUAUUGGGUACUGUGGUAACUGCCGUUGACAUCUCGGUGGGCCCACUGGGAACUGCGAAGACCACCAUGUCGAUUGAUACUAUUGGUUGAUCCUUUGGGUGCUCUGAUGGCCGCCAUCGGGGAUGACAUCUGGCUGGUCCCCUGGGUACCGUGAUGGACAUCGUCUUGGCUGACGCUUUGGGUGUGAUGGUGAUACCGUUUCAAUUGCAUCUUCUUUGGCUUCUUGGGUGCUGUGAUCACUUCUUUU